GAGGAAGAAAGAGAGAGAAAGAAGGAAAGAGAUGGUCCUCCAAACCACCCCUUACUCUAGUGCCUGUCUGCACUUCCUCGAUGGCUUAUCAUGGAGCUUGGUGUUCCCCUGCUACUGGCUCCUGGACCGGCUCCUGGCCUCGUGCGUGGCCACCUCGCUGGAGAAGCGACAACGCUCCCAGGACCCCUGCUCCUUCCUCACCCUGUGCGUCCUGAUCUCUGCACCGCUUUACCUGCUCCUCCUCCUCACCUCCCUGCCUUUUGCCCUUCUGGGCUUCAUCAUCUGGGCUCCGCUGCAGGCCGUCCGCCAGCCCUACUUGUACACCUACCGCAGACCAGACAAACACCAGGCUGAGCAGGGCCAGGCUGGGGGCAUAGGUGUUGGUGAAUGGAGGCCACAGGGCAGAAGCUUCUGUUUCGGCAGUGCCAACGUAUGCCUGCUGCCAGACUCCCUGGCCAGGUUCAACAACCUGUCGGACACCCACAGGAGAGCCCGCGAGGUGGGGAAGAGGAUCCGCAAUGGUGCCAGUCGGCCGCAAAUAAAGAUCUACAUCGACUCACCAACCAACACUUCUAUCAGUGCGGCAUCCUUCAGCAGCCUCGCCACAGGUUUCCGUCGCACCUCCUCUCUGGAUCAGCGUCCAGACCAAACACACACCACCAACGGCCCAGCUGAGCCUGAAACCGAACCCCUCACUGAGUGCCCUAUUCACCCCUCAGGUGCUGCCGACUGCCCUGUUCACCCUGCUGCAGGAGACCGGGGCGCCUCUGGAUGCCCCCUUCACCCAGAAGGAGCAGACACCACGGCAGACUGCCAACUCCACCCUGCAGGAACUAACAACUCAGACUGUCCCGUUCACGCGUCAGGGGACGCUCCAGACUGCCCCAUGCAUUCCACAGGGCCUCCGAGUGUCCCCGGCCAUCCUGACUGUCCCAUGCAUGGUGAAGGGACCCAGCCAAAGUCCCCCACAGACUGCCCACUUCACACCUCAGGGGUUCAAAUCAGCAUCAGUGCCCCAGAACCGGACCCCCAGGAGGAGGAGGCUGAAACAGGGAACCAUCGGCCUGGAGAUCAGGCGGGAGGAGACACGAGCAGCAUGACUGCCUCCAGGGAGUCCCUUGCUCGUUACCACGGAGGCGAUGGCGGAGUAGGGAUAUCCUCCAACAAUACUCUCUCUCAUGUUCCUCGCACGUCAAUCUUUAAGCGUCCGGGACGAAAACGCCGCCAUGGAGAUGAGACUCUCGACCACGAGAUCUCUGCCUUUUUCCCUGCCAACUUGGAUUUUCUGGCUCUGCAGGAAGUGUUUGACCACGGUUCGACAACUAGACUGCGGCGGCAAUUGCAUCGCUACUUUCCUUACGUGCUGAGUGAUGUUGGACGGUACGGCUGGAAAGGCUGCUGCUCCAGGUUCAAAUUCCUGAACAGUGGAUUGAUGCUGGCCAGCCGCUACCCUAUUCUGGAUGCACGAUAUGAGUGCUACCCCAAUGGAAGAGGAGAGGAUGCAUUGGCAGCCAAGGGGGCGCUGUUUGCCAAGGUUCACGUGGGCACCUCCCAUCAGGAGCAAAGGGUUGUGGGAUAUCUCACGUGUACGCACCUCCACGCCAUAGAAGGUGACGCCUCUGUGCGAUGUGAGCAGCUGGACCUGUUGCUCCGAUGGGGGACCGAGUUUCGUCAUUCCUCAUCCCAGCCACCUGAAGGGGAGAAGGUGCUGGAAGACCUGGUGGCCUUUGAUGUCAUCCUGGGAGACCUCAACUUUGACAACUGCUCCUCAGAGGACAAGCUGGAGCAGCAGCACGCACUUUUUACUCAAUACAAGGACCCAUGUCGCCUGGGGCCAGGGGAGGACAAACCAUGGGCUCUGGGUACUCUACUGGAUCCCAGUGGCCUUUAUGAUGACGAGGUCAGCUCACCUGAAAGUUUACAAAAAGUGAUGGAGAACGAGGAGGGGAGGAAGGAGUACUUGGUGUUUCCUCCCAGUAAGAGCCAGUGUCCCGCCAGCAGUCAGAAGGGGAGGAAGAUCCCUCUGAAGGGUAACGGACGCCGGAUCGACUACAUCCUCUACAGUGACGAGGGCCUGCACCAGGACUGGAAACUGGAAAUCGAGGAGUUCAGCUUUAUCACCCAGUUGGCCGGCCUCACCGAUCACCUGUCUGUGGCCAUGCGAUUGGCUGUUUCCACCGGGGAAGAGGAGCCUUAGAUUGACCACCUGUUUUUUUUUUUAAAAUACUGCCAUGGAGGAAAGACAGAUGAGCAGGAGGAGGAGAAAAGAUUAAGAGUUUACAGACAUGCAGCUGCAUCAGAGAGACACAAAGCAGGUCUGCGAGAGGAUUGAAGGCUCAGUGAAAUGGAUGAAUGAAUCGAUGGAGGCGCGCUCAGUGGAUGAACUGAUGCAGAGCAGGUAGACGAGAGCGACGGCAGAGGUGUGAUAUGAAAGAGAAAGACUCUGGAGGGGAAAGAUAACCAGGGAAUUCAUUUUAAAACCCCAGAAAGAUAAUCAUCUUUCACACACACACCCCCCCCCCCCCCCCCCCCCCCCCCCCCCACACACACACACACACACACACACACACACACACACACACACACACACACACACACACACACACACACACUAAAAACCGUACCAAACACAAAAACACAAACGAUCAACACUUUGACUGUUGAAUAUCGCCUGGCCUGUCCUUCAUCCUUCUCCUCCCCACUGAACCGAAUUCAGAGAGUUUUAUUUACAGUGAAUUAUUUCAUGUAGCCAACGACACACACUCCUUUUACCGGAUCUGUUUUAGCUGUAGUGUUAAGUAUGAUUUCUUUUUUUUUUUUUUUUAAUGAUUCUACCUUCAGGGACAGUUGGAUCCUCAUUCUUUAGUGACUGUGUAAACGAGAAAACACGUGAUUGAAGAGUGAAGUGUACAGCUGCCGACUGGCCUUUACACUGACCGUCUGUGUCCUUGUGUCUUGCGUCUCUCUUAAAGGCUGUCGGUCAGUUCUGCUGUCACUCAUUCACCUUACUACUCCUCCGUCAGUCCCAGGAACCUCAACAAGUGUCUUUUUUUCUAAAAAAACAAAAACAAAAAACUAAAUCAAAACUAGUCUUUCUAAAAGGAGAAAAACGAUAUGAUACAAUUUCUAUUGUCGCCACAUUACUUUUUAUAGGAAGUUUAAUGCUUGUUUAAUACUAUAUUGUAUGUUUCUAAAAAGAGGUAUUGUAUAAAGGGAUGAAACUGAAGAAGAAAGUUGUCUGAUGCAAUGCAGCGCUCAUAGCAUGUUUUUCAGCCAUGACUGGUAAAGAUAUGAGUAAGUAAGUAAAGGACUUUUUUUUUUUUGGUGUAAUAGUGAGAACCGAGACUUUGCUGAUGCAUGAUGGAAACGGUAUCAGUUUACAGCAUUAAUAUAGCGGCUCGAUACACUUGCUUGCUUGAGUCUGGAUGCCUGAUGAGUCGAGAAGCAUUUUGCCCUGAAACACACACUAAGUAUACGCCAGUGUGGCACUUGUGCAUGUGAGACUCCAUCCUGCUGAUGAAACAAAGACGUGCACAGAAACGUACGGAGGAUUCAUUUAAAGCAGAGACACAACUACACACAUCAUGUACAGAGGGCGUUCAGGUGACGUGACCUGCCCUCGGCUGGCUGUAUUUGGGUUCCUCCAAUGGCAACUUAGCUGUCUCUAGGAGUUAUUAUCAGCUUGUUAGCUAACAGGCCACUGUAGCUAUCUGGUUAGCGAGCAUCGCUGUGUUACACGAGCUGACCCAUAGCAUACAACCCAGUUUUUAGUGUGAGCGCAGUCAGUUGUCCAGUGGAUCACCAUGAUGACAGCCAUAUUGUGACAGCAACUGCAAAACCUCAUAAUACAGAAACCUCCUGAAGAGUCUGGCUGAACACACCCUGUACAAUAUGCCAAGUAUGUGUAGAGACAUUUUCUGAAGUUAAAACUGUCCCAAAGAUCAAGCCAGCCCACCCACAUGCCCACAGAGGGCUAACGAAUACCGACACCCAGAACGCCAGGUACACAGAUACAUGAAGCAGCGUAGGGACGUGAUGUCAUUUCACUGUGGGCUGUGGCAAAAUGAGGUAAGACGCGUUUGCCCGAGUUAUUAAUGUGUCAGCCUCAGUGUAAAGUUGGCCUUUAUCCCAAAACUUUAUGACUCUUAUUCACGAACAAACAGAUACGGAGAUAAGAGGAAUCCUCUGUACGAAAAUAACAGAAACAGCCGGGGUCUAAGUUUUGAGAUAAGUUAUAUCUCGUAUGUACGCUGCUGCCUAGCUACAACUAACCAGGCAGAGGACACAAACUGCCCUUUGAGUCCAUCAGUUCGCACAAAUGUGUCAGUGAAUGCAGGAAACAUACUGUUGUUUAGUUUUGUAUGUUCAUACAGGUUCACCUGUCUGCUCUGACACUCUGUCUCCUUAUGACUCACGUUAUUAUGACUCAUUUAUUAUUCUAAUUACUGGGGUUUGUACAUGUUCUUUUUUCAAUUCAAGCUCCACCAUGUUUUUUGGGGGGUUUUUUUGUUUUUUUUUAGGUUGAGUCCUUCAGACUCUGCUGUGAAUCGCCACCCCUCAGCUUAGGGUGAACUUCAAAUGUGAUCAAAUCCUAUAAUGUGUUGUUUACUUGGUAAAUAGUCAUGUAAAUAGGCCAUAGGUCAGGAGUCAGUUACAGAAAGGUGCCACAGUUUCCCUGAGAAUGUUCUCUAAGGCUGAAUAGUUUGGGGCGAAGUGUAGUGGUAGGAAAUGUAAAAACUGAUUUAAUAACGUUUUCGACUGUCCUUCUUUAUCACACUACACCUGGAUACUGCUGAACAACUCAUAAACAAGUCUGGAGAGCAAGCAUCCAAACAGCAUCUUCAUGAUAACACUACACUUUGUGUUACUUUUAAAAGUUGGAAUGUGAAGGUAGUUCAUUUUAGAAUUCAGUCUGUUUUUCUGUCUGUAGUUUUGCAUAUUUUUAACAACAGAAAGAUUGAAGAAAGUGAUCGGUUGAUUUAAUGAUCAAAGGUGACAGUGCACAGGCAAAGCUUUGGGUGUUCAUGGUGAGGGCAUACAGGAAGGACACUGACAUCUCAGUCAGUGAGACACACAUUAAAUUAAAUACAGGAGGAAACUGGAAUUCACCAGAUGGUCUGCAAUUUCUAAGGUGGAAAAAAUGGAGAGUGGAUGUGGAGUAACUAAACACAGGAGAGAUUCUUCCAUUAAAUCUGAAUUAAUAACUUUUUGAUAUCUCUGUCUUUGGUCCUAAAACCAAAACGGUUCCCUGAAAUACGUUAAAAUGCUCUGUAGAGCUGAAGCGAGCCGCAGAGUCAGAUCAUUCUUUUUGGGUUCAUUAAUACAAACAGCUCCUUCCACACAGUAAUUUUACUCAACAUUCAUAUAAAUAUAUUGAUUAUUUAAAGUCAAAGGUUGUGUUCAGAAACGCCUACUGACAUAUGAUCCGUGCUAAGCAUGACGUCAAGAUGAGAACUGACCACACAUUGGAAAUCUGCAUGGUUAACUUCUCACCUGAGAACCUGACAACUUAAAGGAACAUGAGUGAAAACGUUCUUAAUCAUUCAUUAGUACGUGGUUCUGAACACAGCCAAAGAAAGCUCGGGAUUUCUUCCUCACCUCCUGACCCGGGGUGCAGCUGAAGUGUGCUCAGUGUUGCCCCUGGUGGUUAGAAGCUGUAUUACAAUAACACCACUGAGUAAAACAGCAGCCCAAAUUAUCUUCAGUCCCAACAUCUCUCUCCGUCGAAGUAAAUCAUGUUUUUUGGACUUUACACUCACCUGAUGUCAUUUUUUUCCACCUUAGCAGUUUCUGAGUAGACUGCCUGCCCUCAUAACAAAUUUCAUGAACAGCAGAGUGACUGAAAUGUCUGGGUCCUAUCAUGUAGCCAUUAAGGGCGGUGGUACAUAUUAUAACAGGCCUGGACAAGGGCUAGGCAGACCAAGUAUCUCCACAGAAAGACAGUGGUUUGUGGCAAACGGGAGAAUCACAGAACUCACAAAGUCUCCUCUGUCUCGAGACUGUUGCUAAUGACAAUCAAGCAACUAGAAUUAGCGUUCACAGCCUCUGGAUCAUUUCUAAGCCUUCACAGCAACACAGUCCUCCAAACAACAACCUGAGUGACCAUCUUUUGUCCCUACCCUCUGCUACGGCCCACAGGAGCGUCUCAUGAAAUAGUGCCCCCUAUACUGGCUGGCAUGCUGGACCUUCACUAUCAUGGUUACAAUGAUGAACACAUAGUUAAAGUUAUGGAACAGUCAUUGUUUCAUAGGUUUAGAUUCAAAAACUACUUGGUUAGGUUUAACAUAAGAUUUGGGUUCAAAUGAGUAACUGCCUUAAAGCUAGAGGACCUUCAUCGUCAUGGUUACAAUAAAAAACAUACAGUUAAAUUGGUGGAACGGUCACAGAUAAAAGAAACCAGAGGUUGCUUAACAAAGCAUAACCAUGGGUCGUAGUAAGCUGCUUGCACAGAUGACCUGUGGGGGUCACUUUUUACAGGAGGACAGAGCUACACACUCACCACACUGACCACGCGCACUGUAAACACCAUGAGCAAGACACAAGUCACGAGAGUUGGACGUCACAUCCCAACUAGGGAGAAAAUCCCUUCAGCUUUUUCUCAAAUCAUUGUCCAAAAAAAAAAAACAGAGUACACACAGAAAAGAUGCUGUCCUGAUGGUCAUCUGAUUUAUGAUGAUGUUUAUGAGA